AUGGGUACACCGGGAACACGAUUAUUGGAUAAUUUGUGGAAAGAAGAGGAGUUUUAUUUAUUAUUCAUCACUGAAGAAAUGUUCGAAGAUAUAGCAGAGCAAACAAAUAUCUACACAACACAAACAUUAUCUCAGAAGCAUUCAUCUCGUCUGAACCAAUGGAUUCCCACGAACAGAUUUGAAAUAAAAAAACUAUUCGGCCUUCUUAUUUGGAUGGGGUUAGUAAAAUUACCCGAAAUAAGUUUAUAUUGGUCAAAGGAUCCAGUAUUCGUCCAAAGCGUUCCUAAAUUGGUGAUGUCAAGAAACCGUUUUGAACUUCUAUUACGAAUGCUCCAUUUCGUGAACAACGAAAAUGCAAAUAUUGAAGACCGCUUGUAUAAAAUUAAACCAAUUAUUCAGAAACUGAAAGAAAAUUAUGCGAAAUAUUAUAAUCCGCCAGAAAUGGUAUGUAUUGAUGAGUCAAUAAUACCAUUUCGUGGUCGUGUCGUUUUUAAGCAAUAUAUAAAACAAAAACGGCACAGAUAUGGCGUAAAGGUGUUCAAGCUUUGCUUCAAACCGGGAUAUACCUAUAAUUUUGAAAUUUAUUGCGGUCACCAACAUGGGAAGGAGAAAACUACACCGAAGACAGUUGCUGUGUCACUUUGUGAAAACAUUUUUGAUAAGGGGCAUACCUUAUGUGUUGAUAAUUGGUAUACCAGCAUUGACUUGGCCCAAGAGUUUCUUGCUAGAAAUACCCACGUAAUAGGGACAAUUAGAUCAAAUCGACGUAGAAUAUCCAAAGAAGUGGUUCAAAAGAAAUUGCGACGAGGAGAAAUAUUUGCCAAAGAAAAUAGAGAUGGAAUCACGUUAAUGAAAUGGAAGGACAAACGGGAUGUCUUGAUGUUAUCUACGAAACACUCUAUAGAGACGGUUACUGUUAGGAAAAACGGAUCUGAUAGGGUUAAACCGAAACUCGUAUUUGAUUAUAAUGAUGCUAAGAGUUCCGUCGAUAUUUCGGACCAAAUGACUGCGUACUCCAUUACGUAA